AUGAAGCACUUGCUGGAUCAUGGAUGGCAUCAAAAAUACAAUCCGCGAGGGAAAAACGUGCUGAGAGGAGCCGACGAAGACUACAAGACCAAACUGUUUGACUUUACUCGAGGAGUGGCACACAUGGCGACGGAGCGAGAAUGCAAGGAAAGGCGUGGAGAGGCAUGGAAAGUCAAGAGACCAGGUUCACGACCUACUAGCUGGGCACUUGGAGCCAUGGUUGAUGUUUCAACAUGCGGGGAACGGGACAAACGGAGGCUUGGAGCUCCCAGUGUGGGCACUGUUGGCUUCGCCAUCAGAAUGGUGAUUGGGGGUAGCAAUGCUCGGAGGUCUCGUCUGUUGGGCGGCAAUCGACAGAUCUGUAGCCAAGAUGGAAGAAUGCUCCAAAAAGUGCAAGGGAAUGCGAAGAGCUGCUGUGGACAUCAUUUCUGA